GUCAACAAAGCCAGAGUAUCGAGAGAUGCAUGUUUGUUUUUAUUUAAUGUUUAAUCUCAUCUUAAAUAGCUGUUAUAAAAAAUAAAUCUAAACUAGUUUUUUUCCGUUAAAAACAUGCCGAAAGUUCGCCGCAGUCGUAAAUCACCUCCUGAGGGAUGGGAAUUGAUUGAACCUACUCUUGAAGAACUUGAACAAAAAAUGCGAGAAGCGGAGACAGAACCUCACGAGGGAAAGAGAAAGCAGGAAUCACUGUGGCCAAUAUUUAAAAUACAUCAUCAGAAGUCUAGAUACAUUUACGACUUAUUUUAUAGACGUAAAGCUAUCAGUAGAGAGCUAUAUCAGUACUGUCUGGAUGAGAAGAUCGCUGAUGCUAACUUGAUUGCUAAGUGGAAGAAAACUGGAUAUGAGAAUCUUUGUUGCUUAAGAUGUAUACAAACAAGGGAUACCAAUUUUGCAACUAACUGCAUAUGCAGAGUCCCAAAAAGCAAGCUUGAAGAAGGAAGAAUUGUAGAAUGUGUUCAUUGUGGUUGUCGAGGAUGCUCUGGGUAAUCAUAGGAUAUAGUACUUUAUGUUUUAAGUGUUUUCAUAAGCUACAUGUAAAAAAAUAUAUUUUUAAAAAUUGGUAUUUGGUAGUUUUCCACAACCUAAUAUUCUUUUGUUCUUGAGAAUAAUGAAUAGAAAUGAAAAUAAUUAUAUUUAGCUUAAAUGUAAUUUAAUCAAAAUAAUAAA